AUGCAUCUCGUUCCCGCCAUGCAGCACCUAGUCGGCGAGCCUAAUGGUCACAUUCUCCCCAAUGGCAACGGGCCCGACUCCAAUAACACCGACAGCGUCGAGUCGUUUGUGGUCUCUGCCACAGUGCAGGCUCCAGCGGGACUUGAGCUCUCCCCCGCUUCAGAGGCGACCUUGAUACUUGCUUGGACUCUUCUUCUGCCCCGUUACAGCCGUGACGGCUCCGACCUUGAAGACUCGACCUGGGGUUACACAUUCACAACCGAUGAUGCGAAGACUGUCUCUUGCAAAGUGCCCCAGCUGAUUCUCGACAAGAGCACAAGCAUCUCCCAGGCCCUAGACUUCGUCUCCGAGGCAAUCACCCGUCAGGAUCCGCAACGAGCAGCAUCAUCUCCCGUUUACAACAGCGUAUUCUUCUACAAUGGCACCGCCUCCGCGACGGUAGACGCCAAGAUCAGUCCCUCACCCCCAUGGACUGUCCGGCUAGACAUCACCGCCCUGGGCGAGCUGUUCCAGAUCCAGGCCCAAGGGCAUGGCAAUACCAUGAACCGUCCCCGCGUCGAGCAGGGACUUAACGCCUUCAUCGACAUUCUCACAAUUCUCAUCGAGCAGCCGAAUGUCCUCUUCAGGGAAGCGCUUGGGCCGUUGCAACAGGACCUUGACCGGAUCUGGACGUGGAACGCAGUCGUGCCCCCGACCAUUGAAAGGUGUAUCCAUGACAUGGUCUCUGCGCGGGCGGCGCAACAGCCCGAGGCCCUUGCCGUCGCUGCCUGGGAUGGACAGUUUCUCUACAGUGAGAUCGAUGCGUUGUCCACCAGACUCGCGCAGGACCUCAUCGUGGCUGGGGUUCAGUUGGGCGUGCCUGUCCCACUUUGUUUCGAGAAGACGAGAUGGACCGUUGUCGCCGUGCUGGCAGUCAUGAAGGCGGGUGGCACAUUCGUUCUGACCGACCCUAGCCAGCCCGAGGCGAGACUGCGCACCAUCGUCGAGCAGACUGGUGCCAAGAUCCUCCUCUCCUCCAAGUCGCAGUUCGAUCUCACGACCAGAAUCGCGCCCUCCGACGCCCAGAUCAUCGCUGUCUCAAACGACCUCUUGGGUAGGCAGCAGAGUCUCCCGGAUGUCGCACUUCCCGUGGUCCCCGCCGACUCUCCCAUGUAUAUCAUCUUCACUUCUGGCAGUACUGGCAAACCGAAGGGUGUUGUUCUUUCCCAUGCCAACUUUACCAGCGGCGCCAUUCCCCGUGCCGAAGCUGUAGGAUACCGUCCGCAUUCGCGAUGCUUCGAAUUCGCGUCGUACGCCUUCGAUGUCAGCAUCGACUGCCUGCUAUGUACUCUUACCAAUGGUGGCUGUAUCUGCACCCCCUCCGACGAGAUGCGCAUGAACGACCUGUCCGGCGCCAUCAGGAACUCCAAGGCCAACAUGGCCCACAUGACACCGUCGGUCGCGCGCGUGCUCGACGCCGACAUCAUGCCGUCGCUGGAGAUCCUCGGCCUCGGCGGCGAGUCUAUCUCGGCUGGCGACGCGCGAGCGUGGAGCCAGAAGACUAGGCUGGUCAUCGCGUAUGGCCCAUCCGAGUGCACUGUCGGCUGUACGAUUAACAGUAACGCCGGUGCUGCCAAGGCAUAUACCAACAUUGGCACUGGCAAGGGUGGGUUGAUGUGGAUCACCGACCCAGACGACCACAAUAGACUUAUGCCGGUCGGCAGCGUCGGCGAGCUGCUGGUAGAGGGUCCAGUCGUCGGCAUCGGCUACCUGGAUGAGCCUGAAAAGACGGCCGAGGUCUUCAUCGAAGACCCUACCUGGCUCACUGCUGGUCACGGCGACAUCCCAGGGCGACAAGGUCGGCUAUACAAGACCGGUGACCUGGUGCGGUACGACCCCGACGGGUCUGGUGCUAUCGUCUUUGUUGGCCGGAAGGACCAGCAGGUGAAGCUGCGAGGCCAGCGCGUCGAGCUGGUCGAAAUCGAAUACCACCUCCAGAACAAGCUUCCCGCUGGAGUCAAGAUUGCCGCAGAGGUGAUCAAGCCCCAGGGCGGCGAGCCAACCCUUGUUGUGUUCCUCGCCGAGGAUGGCGUGAAGUGCGGUAGCAACGACGCCAAAAUCUCAGAUGAGCUCUACAAAGCUCUUUCCACAGUCGACGACGCGCUCGGCGCGGAGCUGCCGCGGUACAUGGUGCCUGCAGCAUACAUCCCUCUGCCAAAGAUCCCCGCCCUCGCCUCCGCCAAGACGGACCGGAAGAGGCUGCGGGAAUUGGGUGCCGCGAUGACUCGUGAGCAGGUAGCGAGCCUGCGCAUUGUCGCCGACAAGACGGAGCCCGAAACCGAGAAUGAGCGGGUGCUUUUCGGCGUCUGGAAGCAGCUUCUUGGCGAUGAAUUGGUCGUCUCCGUCAAGGACAGCUUUUUCGCACUUGGAGGUGACUCUCUGCGGGCCAUGAAGCUUGUUGCCGCCGCCCGAUCGCAAGGAGUUUCUCUCACCGUGGCAGACGUGUUUAGUCAUCCCUCACUGAGAGAUAUGGCUGCCGUCGCGGAAAAGAUCGAUCCGGGAACUCGCAAGGAGGUACAGGCAUUCUCAAUUCUUGGAGAGGGUUGGUCGCCGGAUGAAGCGAAGGCUACAGCUGCCCAGCUCUGUGGUGUGGACGAAACACUCAUCGAAGACAUCUAUCCCUGCUCCCCACUCCAGGAGGCUCUCAUGGCACUGUCCGCCAAGGUGAAAGAGGCUUAUGUCGCACAGAGGGUUCUCAAGAUGGAUAGCGCCGAGAUGACGAAGAAUCUCAAGAGUGCGUUUGAGCAGGCCUCGGACACCUGUUCCAUUCUCCGCACCCGCAUCAUCCAGGUGCCUGGUCGCGGCCUCGUCCAAGUUGUCAUCAGGGAGUCUAUUUCCUGGCGCACUGCUGCCACUGUCGAAGAGUAUCUUGAGAAUGACAGGGAGGAGUCCAUGGACUUGGGCAAGCCCCUGGUGCGAUACGCCAUUGUCUCAGACGAGCAGACCGGUACAUCUGACCUCGUCUUGACAAUGCACCACUGCUUAUACGACGGCUGGUCAAUGCCGCUCGUCGUGGAGCGUAUCAACCGUGCCUACCAGGGACUGGCCACGGCUCGGGCCGCCGAGUUUAGGGACUUCAUCCAUUUCCUCGAGACAACUGUUGACAGCAAGGCUUGUGAGGCAUACUGGAAGGAGCAGCUUCGCGGCGCGACAGAUCCGCAGUUCCCGGCGCUGCCUUGGGAAGGGUAUCAGACGCAGGCAGACUCGCUCCUUGAGGUGUACGUGCCGAUGCCAAAGCUGUCCUCCAACACCACUGUCGCGACCAUUAUUCGAGGAGCCUGGGCGUUAGUAGCGUCGCAGUACGCGGGAACCAACGAUGUGCUCUUUGGCGAAACGCUCACGGGCCGCAACGCACCGAUCGCUGGCGUGGAGGAAAUUGAAGGACCCAUGAUCACUACUGUGCCCGUACGCGUGCAGAUCGACCAGAAUAACACUGUAUCAGACUAUCUUCAGGCCAUCUACAACCAGAUGAUUACACAGAUGCCGUAUGAGCACACCGGUUUACAGCACAUCCGGCGACUGAGUCCUGACGCCCUACAGGCAUGCGAGCUCCGCACUGGUCUGGUCCUCCACCCAUCCACGGCCGAGGAUCCCGACGCGGCUCACGUUACCGAAAACGCGCCCGCCACCGCCCUCGUACCUGCCGGUGAUGCGGAAGCCGCGCAGGAGGCACUCAAGUUCAACACGUACGCGCUCAUGCUUGUGUGCUCACUCGACCCCAAGGGCUUCCUUAUCAUGGCUAGUUUCGACUCCAAAACCGUUGACAAACCCACCAUGGAGAAGGUGCUGGCGCAGCUUACACAGGUAUGCCAGCAGCUUAGUUCGGAGGCGGAGAAGCGCAUUGGUCAGAUUGACUGCCUCACGGAGGCGGACCGCGAGACCGUUUGGGAUCUAAGCAAGGACCUCAAGACUCUCGACGCCUUGACAAAAGAGUACGCGACUGCUACAUCAGCUUGGAUUGUCGACACGCAAGACGCAGAGAGGCUCAGGCCUCAGGGCUCGGUAGGAGAGCUACUCGUGGAGAUGGAAGAUAUUACCAUGUUGCCGAGCACGAGCAGUCCGCGAUGGCUGGUCCGGGGCACGGCUACACACAAGGGCCGCGAGGCGACACUGUUCCACACAGGCAAACUGGCCAAGUUUACGAGCAAGAGCCAGUUGGUCAUCACGGGCAUCAAGGAUGAGUCACCGGGUCGAGGCAAGAAGGAUGCUACCAACAUGAAGCCAAAGGCCAAAGCCGUCUCGGCCACCUCGACCAAGCAGCGCAUCCUGCGGACACUGUGGAGUCGCGUCCUGCGCCUUGACGAGAAAGACAUCGGUCUGGGAGACAGCUUCUUCCGGCUCGGUGGUGACUCCAUCGCGGCUAUGAAGCUGGUGUCAGAGGCUCGGUUGGAGCGCCUGGAAUUGACAGUGGCACAGGUCUUUGCCAAUAGAUCACUGUACGAUAUGGCCGGCGUGCUACAGGGCUCACCUGAAGAGAAGAGCACGAGCGUUGCAGUCAGCCCUUAUUCAUCGCUCGAUGUAGCCAAUGCGGAGGAGUUUGUGUCUACGGGCGUUCUUCCGGCCCUGGCUGACGCCUCGUGGAAGGUCGUCGACGUGUAUCCCGCCCGACCGCUGCAGGAGAUCGCCGUCAAGGGCACCACUCAGCUGCCGCGUUACUCGAUGCGGUAUGAGGUGCUCUACUUUGAUGCCGCUGUCAAUAAGCAGCGCCUGUUUCGUAGCUGCCAAGAGCUCGUCACACGCAACGAGGUCCUCCGCACCGUCUUCAUCCGAGCAGACGGUGGCUGCUAUGGCGUCGUGCUCGAGGACAUGCGCACGCCCGUGGCCGAAUUUGAAGUCGACGGCGACGUCGAGGUCUUUACGCGUAAGCUCUGCGACCUGGACGUGCAGAUGCGCGCACCCCUGGGCGCCUCCUUUGUGAAGUGGUUCUUCGUACAGGGCACCGCCCUUGGACAGCCCUCGGCCCUCGUGUUGCGCAUCUCACACGCGCAGUACGACGAGAUCUGCCUGCCCAUCUUCCUCGACCAGCUCUCGGCGAUGUACGAAGGGCGCGAGGUCCCGUGGUCGUACCCCUUCUCGCACUUUGUGCACCACGUCGUGCACGAAAACCUGGCUCCGAGUCUGGACUACUGGCGCGAACUGCUCGCGGGCUCGCAGAUGACGUUGCUCAGGCCGGAGCCGGCUGUCCCCGUGACCAGGACGAACCACUACGCUAUCAGCAAGCCCGUCGACAUCUCGGCCCGCCCGCGCGACUUCACCGUCGCCACCCUGCCGGCUGCCGCGUGGGCGCUGUGUCUGGCGCGGCGGACGGGCAAGUCGGACGUCGUGUUUGGCGAGGUCGUCAGCGGGCGCAACACGGGCGUCGCGCACGGCGACGCCACGACGGGUCCCUGCUGGCAGUACGUGCCUGUGCGGGUGACGCUUGAGCGAGGCGUCACGACGGGCGCGGAUCUGCUCGAGGCCGUCCAGCACCAGCACGUCAGCAGUUCGCGAUUCGAGGGGGCCGGGCUGAGCGAGAUCAUCGAGCACGCCACGGACUGGGACCCGGCCAAGGUGGGCUGGUUCGACAGCGUGGUACACCAAGACGUGGCGCACGUCGAGGCGCUGGGCUUCGGAGACGGCGAGCGGCGGGCCCGGCUUGAGACGGUGUACCCGCACGAGGAGCCUCUACGGGAGUGGAAGGUGCAGGCCUUCCACCACGAGGGCGGGGAUGAGGUGACGCUCGAGAUUGUCACUGUCGAGUCGUGGCGGGAGUACGCUGGUGGCUUGCUGGAUGAGCUUUGCGGUGUGCUGGAGGGUCUUGUGAGGAGGCCCUGGGAUGUCGUUCUGCAGUGA